CGACGCUCCCACAUCCCGACCCGCUGCGCCGCCGCCGCGGAGAUGCCAGGGGCCGGCCGAGCCGCUGGUGUGCGCCGCCUGCACCCGCAGCCCUCGGAGGAGCCGCCCGCGCUGGAGGAGGACCAGGACCUCCUGCUAGCAGCUGCCUAUGUUUCUGAUGCCCAGUACAACAGAAAUGUUCCCUUUGAAACAUCUCCUCGGGCCAUCAGACUUUACUAUUUUUAUAACCACUGGACAAUGCAAGUAGCCAUCUACUUCUUUAUUUGUGUGGACUUUUCCCUCGCCCUGUUUGAAGAGCCCGCGCUGUUUCCACUGCCUUUCUUGGCUACCUCAAUAGCAGAAGUACUCUGCCUGACUGCGUUCUUCGGGAGACUUGUACAUUUUGCGAAAGUCACCCCUCAGAUGGUUUUCUGGAAGGAUACGAAAAACAUCUGCAUCAUGGUAACCAUAGCGCUGACCUUGAUCGAUUUGAUUAUCUAUGGUUCCCUGGAAGCUGUUAAUAUCCACAGUGUUCGAUGGUCAAGGGCCUUAAGGCCAGUCUUCCUAAUUAACUUCCCUGAAAGUCGUCAGAUCCGAAGAACUUUCAGAAGCAUCCGGAACACUCUGCCCGACAUUCUCUACGUCUUCCUCUUAUUCAUGUUCAGUGUGCUGAUAUUCUCCCUUAUGGCCUUGAAGCUUUUUGGGGAUCGGGGUCUUCGAACAGUGGAAGGCUUGCCCUACUUCACAAAUAUCCUGGAGAUAGCGUUUGAACUCUACGUGCUGGUCACUACUGCCAACAGCCCCGAUGUCAUGAUGCCUGCCUAUAACUUCAGUUGGUGGUAUUCUCUGUACUUCAUAACCUACAUCAUCAUCAAUACCUACAUCUUCAUGUCCGUCUUUCUGGCUGUGGUCUACAACAAUUAUAGGAAGCACUUGAAGAACGAGAUUCGCAAGCUGGUGUACCUGAAACGUCACAAAAUGAUGGAGGCUUUCAACAUUCUGAAGGUCAAGGUGGGCUCAGAAUUUGUGGUGAUGGAGGCCCACUGGAGGCGGCUGGCCAGGACUGUGAUGCCACACAUCAGCAGUCCCCACCUGGAGCUCCUUUUGAGGAUCUCUGAUGAAGGACAGAAGGGCUACGUGGACAAAAUGAACUUUCUACGCUUGGCUGACCUCCUCAACAUUCAGGUGGUCACCAUGAACACCAAGAGACACCCGCUGGAAGAGUGGAUGCCAUGGGUUUACCAGUCGUCCGCAAGCCUCCUGGUCCAGAGGAUGGUUCGGCACAGGAUUUUUGUCUGGGUUUAUGACAUCAUCAUUCUAAUAAAUGCCAUUUUCAUUGCCCUGGAUGAGAAAAACCCCUUCAUUUCCUACGCAGAGUGGCUUUUCCUUUCUCUCUAUAUUAUUGAAAUUCUUCUGAAACUGUACACGUACGAGCCCAGAGCCUAUUUUGGCAAGAAACAGUUCUGGAACUGGUUUGACACACUGAUCAUCGUCGCCGCCCUGGUGGCCACUGUGGCCAACACCACCAUUCAGUCAGCCAGCAAAUACAACAGUCAGCAGGUCCUAGAUUUUGUCUUGAUUCUGAGGAUCCUCCGGCUCCUACGGGUCAUUGUCAGCAUUCAGAGGUUCCGGCUUAUUGUGACCACCUUAAUUAACAUUGGUCCCACGAUACUGACGUUUGGUGGACUCAUCUUGGUGGUCUACUACGUGUUCGCUAUCAUCGGGAUGGAAGCAUUCCACGGCAAAGUCCGGUUCUUCGACCCGAAUUUCACCACCCCCGAUGCUCUGGUGUGUGGGAACCCAGCCUUGAAAGACUCAGCGUUUGCCCGAGACAGAUACUGCAGGAAUAACUUCAAUGACCUGGCCUCCUCGUUCAUCGUGCUCAUGGAGCUCACGGUGGUUAACCAGUGGCACAUCCUCGCAGGCGGCUUUGCCCUCGUGACUCACCAGGCGGCCAAGCUGUACUUCAUCAGCUUCCACGUUGUGGUCGUCAUUCUCAUCGUUAAUAUUUUCAUAGCAUUCAUCCUGGAGGCGUUUUUUGUGGCAUACUCCUUAGAAAAAAGUGAAGUGGAAACUGCCAUUGAGAGGAAGAUUCAAGAGCUUGGAGUGGGAAUCCAAGAAGAAGAAAUGCACGAUGGGAAGCUUGUUGAUAACAUGGACGUCAAGGACAGUGACUUUAGUGGGGAUGAUGGAGACAACAAAAGGAAGGCCUUAAAAGGAUUGUACUUCAGAAUUGCAUCAAAAAAGUACAGGACCGUGGACGCCCUGCUACAGCAGAUGUUCGAGUCCGAAAUUGCUCCGGAGGAUGAAGGCCCACCCUUGGAUGAGAUUCUGAACUUCUCGCCCAGUGACAUAUAUCCCAAGGCUCCCAAUUUUGAAAACAGUGUGUGAUUCUUGGCUGGAAAAGUCCACACCCAGAAUCCAAGCUCAGCGGCCAUUAUGUCUUGUCUGGAGAUGAUUUUUCCAGCCCAAGUUGUCUUUGUGCUGUGACUGGCCUGCGCAUCAGCGGCACCUGCCUGAGUGGUCAGUGGAAAGGGCUGGAGAGACUGCCCCUGAGUGUCCUGCCUGGGGUGGGCUCUGGGGUCUGGUUAGAGCAGUAAGGAGGGGAAGACCUUUGAAGAGAUUAUGAGGAGCAUUUACCAUACACAUGCACGCACGUUUGUGAAGUCCUUUUGGUGGGGAUAUGGAAGCUUUUCAUUUAUUUUUAUAUGAUAUUUUGCUAUUCUAUUAAAUCCUAUGCUACAGU